AUGGCUGAUAUAUCCUCGUCGUUGUCGUUUCUGACAGACAACUCUGUCGCUGCAUUGAUCAAAGAUGCAUACGGAUCGUUUUCCGAGCGAAGAGCGGCGCUAGGCUUGACCAAUCCUGGUACAGUCGAUAAUAUUGCGCGAGAGGUGCAGAAGGAUGUGCUGCUGUCAAACUUCAUGUUUACUGGUCUUCGGGCAGACCUGACCAAGGUCUUUGGCAUGUCCCCUCUGUUCCGGAUGUCUCACGCUUUUGCUAUGGGAUCAGCUGGCAAUAUGCCUCCAUAUAACUUCAGUGCCAUGUAUGGAUCGCCAAAGGUAUUCAUGCAAGGAAACCUGGGCAGUGACGGCGGUCUCAGCGCGGUUGGCAACUACCGAUGGAAUGAGAAACUCGUAACGAAAUCGAACGCUCAGAUUAUGCCCGGCGGUGCGCAGGGAAUCUUGCAGAUCGAUAACGACUACACCGGAGAUGACUUUUCCUUUUCUCUCAAGGCUUUCAACCCAUCUAUGUUGGAAGGUGGUUUAACUGGUAUCUACGUCGGAAGCUACCUUCAGUCAGUCACCCCUGGUCUUGCUCUCGGAUUCGAGGCGAUCUGGCAGCGACAGGCGCUCAACACUCGCCCCGAAUCGACCCUUUCGUACUGCGCCAAGUACCGCGGCGCCGACUGGAUCGCCAGCGCACAGCUCCAGGCCCAGGGUGCCAUUGCAGCAUCGUACUGGAAGAAGUUGUCUGACAAGGUGGAGGCCGGCGUGGACAUGAACCUUCAAUUUACCCCAAGCCCUGCAGCACUCAUGAUGGGAGGACCCAGCCGCGAGGGCACUGCAACAAUUGGUGCCAAGUACGAUUUCCGUGCAUCUACAUUCCGUGCGCAGGUUGACAGUGCUGGCAAGGUCAGCUGUCUCUUGGAAAAGCGGAUAGCCAUGCCUAUCUCGUUGACUUUUGCGGGCGAGGUUGAUCACGUCAAGCAACAAGCGAAAGUCGGUCUUGCCGUCUCUCUCGAGAUUGCCGGUGAGGAACUCAUGGAGCAACAAGAAAAGGCCGAGAGUCUCGGAACCAUUCCACCUCCAUUCUAA